AUGUAUCGACUCUUAUCUGGUUUAUAUCAACAUCUCACUAGAAAAGAAGAAUACAAUAUCAUCAUUCUGGGUUUAGAUCAAUCUGGUAAAACGACAUUAUUAGAAAAAAUCAAAACGAUUUAUAAUCCAAAUCAACCAGGUUUAAAACCUCAUCAGAUUUCCAAAACAAUAGGACAAAACAUUGGAAAGAUAUUAAUUUCAUCAUCUUUUUUACAAUUUAUCGAUUUAGGUGGAUCAAAAGAAAUUAGAAUGAUUUGGGAAAAAUAUUUUAAAGAGAUUGAUGGAUUAUGUUGGGUUUUAGAUUCGAAUGAU